AUGACCGGCCUACCGAACCGUCCCAAAGACUUCAAUGCUUCGCAUAAUGAGCAAGACGCCGUUCCGAAUGGCGUAUCCGAUGGCGUCAGCGGCAGCGUCACUAACGGGCAACCCGCCGAUAACAUCCACAACAUCAGCACCGAUGUGUUGAUCGUGGGUGGCGGCUUUGGGGGCAUGUACGGGCUAUAUCGGUGCCGCAAAAUGGGGUUGCAGGUGAAGCUCUUCGAAGCCGGCUCCGACUUUGGCGGCACCUGGUUUUGGAACCGAUAUCCGGGGGCUCGCGUGGACAGCGAGACGCCGUACUACAGUCUCUCCAUCCCAGAGACCUACAAGAACUGGCAUUUCACCGAGCGGUUUCCGGGACACCAGGAACUAAGGCGCUACUUCAAGCACAUCGACAAGGCCCUCGGGCUGAGCAAAGACGCAUACUUCAAUACCGUGGUCGUCGGAGCCCAGUUCCACACAGACACGGACGAAUGGCACGUGCGCACCGACGACGGCGGUCUCGCAAAGGCCAAAUAUCUCGUCUUGGCCACGGGGUCGUCCUACAAGAAGCAUUUCCCGGACUUUAAAAACCUGGACAAGUUCAAAGGCCGCCUCAUUCACUCGGCGCUCUAUCCUGAAGAGGGCAUCGACGUGACGGGCAAAAGAGUCGGCGUGAUCGGGUCCGGCGCAACAGGCGUGCAGAUUGUCCAGGAGCUCGCGCGCGAAGAUUGCAAGUUGACCGCGUUCGUCCGCACACCCAACCUCGCACUGCCGAUGGUGCAGCGAAAACUCACGAAGGAGGAACAAGACAACGCAAAGUCCUUCUACCAGGCCUACUUCCAGGCUGCGAAGCAGUGUCUCAGCGGAUUCCCGUACAACCCGGCGACCAAGACGUUCCAUGAAGCCACGCCGGAGGAACGGCUCGAGUAUUGGGAAGAGCUGUGGCAGCGGGGCGGGUUCAGCUUCCUGAUCUCCAACUACCGCGAGUUCCUGACGGACAAGGACGUGAACCGGGAGUUCUACCAGUUCUGGGCGAACAAGGUGCGCGCGCGGAUGAAGGACCCGUUCAAGAGGGACGUGCUGGCGCCCCUGAACCAGGGCCACUGGUUCGGCACGAAGCGGCCGUCGCUCGAACAGGAUUACUAUGAGAUGAUCGACCGCGACAACGUGACGGUAGUGGACCUCACGGCGACGCCGAUUGUCGAGUUCACCGAGACAGGCAUCAAGACCGCAGACGACAAGCUGCACGAGUUAGACAUUGUCAUCCUCGCCACCGGCUAUGACUCGGUCACGGGCAGUCUGCUGGACAUCGGCCUGAUUGACACCGACGGCGUGCCACUCUCCGACAAGUGGAAAAACGGCACGUACACGUACCUGGGCCUGACGAUCAGCAAGAUGCCCAACAUGUUCAUGGUAUAUUCGCCGCAGGCGCCCACGAGUCUUUCCAACGGUCCGCCCAUCAUCGAGAUGCAGAUCGACUGGAUCUGCGCGGCCAUCAGGAAGAUGAAGGAAGAAGGCAUCCGCUACGUCGACGCCAAGGAGGAGGCGGCCGACAAGUGGCGCGAGGAUAUCCAGAAGAUGAAUGCCAUGACGCUGUAUCCCGAGACGAAUAGUUGGUAUAUGGGCGCCAACAUCCCCGGAAAACCCCGCGAGCAACUCAUCUACCUGGCCGGGCUGGACGUGUACGACCGGUCCACCAAGGAGGCGCUGAAGACGUGGAACGGGUUUGAUGUGGUGAAGAAGUAG